UCAACAUGCCUAACUCCAGGCUACAAAUGAAAAAAAAAACUCUGGCCUGUGAAAAGCAGCCAACAGCAUGCACUUGUGCUCUGUAAGUAAAAUUUUGUUUCACCAAAGCAUCGAACUAAAUGUUACAGUUUGGCAAAAGUUCCUCAGAAGACUUUUGAAAAGAUCUUUUAAAGAGAAGAAACUGACUACAAAUCACCAACUGCUGGCCAACCAAUAAAUCAACCUGCAAAGGAAUUUCGAACUAUUAAGGCUAAGGAUGGACUUCUGGACUCAUCUUUAAAAUACAAGAUCUCAAGAUGUUUGCCUCACUUUACCUGGCAGCUUUUUUUUACUGCGUAUCUGGCCAAGCUCUUCUGAGCAAACUCAAGGGAGAUCGAAGAUACACCAGUAAUAUUUCCAAGUUAAUAUGUAGUGUACCUGGUUUACCUGGCCCACCAGGGCCACCUGGAGCAAAUGGAAACCCAGGACCUCAUGGACGCAUAGGCCUCCCAGGCAGAGAUGGAAGAGAUGGCAGACCAGGAGAAAAGGGAGAGAAAGGGGCAUCGGGAACCAAGGGCAAAGUGGGACGUGGAGGAGAUAUAGGCAGUAAAGGAGAUAGAGGACCAAUCGGUAAAGCAGGACUCAGAGGACUGAAUGGCCUAAAAGGAAAAAUAGGACCACCAGGAAUGUUGGGACUUAAAGGAAACAAAGGACAAAAAGGAGAGCCUGGACCAUCAGGUGUUUGUAAAUGUGGGAGUUUAGUACUCAAAUCUGCCUUUUCUGUCAGCAUUACAACCAGUUAUCCAACAGAAAAAACACCAAUUAUAUUUAAUAAAAUCCUUCUUAAUGAGGGCGGUCAUUACAUCGCUUCCUCUGGAAAGUUUAUAUGUGCCAUUCCAGGGAUUUAUUAUUUCUCUUAUGACAUUACCCUGGCAAAUAAGCACGUUGCAAUUGCUCUCGUGCACAAUGGUGAGUAUCGCAUCAAAACCUUUGAUGCCAAUACAGGAAACCAUGAUGUAUCUUCAGGAUCGACAGUCAUGUACCUGAAGCCAGAAGAUGAAGUGUGGCUGGAGAUCUUUGAUUAUGAACAAAAUGGUCUGUUUUCUGAUCCAAACUGGACCGACAGUUUAUUUUCUGGGUUUUUACUUUAUCCUGAUGCUGAUUACCUAGAUGCAUUGGCAGAAGAUGAAUUGUAAUAGUUAUCUCCAAAUAUUUCUAUUUGAUCUUUUAUAAAGAUGCAAUAUAGUCUUUUAUGGUAAUGAAGACUUAUAGACAUUAUGUGAAACUGUUCUUAGAAUCAUUUAAGGAUCUGAUCAUGAGAUAAUGCUUGCUUGCGGACUUGUUUUAAUGUUAUUUAAUUUACUGAUUUAAUUAGGAGUGAUGUAUCUGAGAUCAACAUCAGUACUGGUAUAUUCAACACAGGGGUACUGGAUGCCAUGAGUUUGGUUCGAAUUUUGAACAGCUCAGACCUUUUCAGAGGAAAUGUGAACACUCCUGAUGCAAUGGUUCCAAUUCACAAAUCUAGUAUUUUAUCAUUUACAGGAACAACAUUUUACGCACCUUGACUGAUUUUGUUUAGAGUUUAAUUUUUUUUCAAGAAGGACAGGUUCUCUGUAAUAAUUCGUAUGGAGAAGUUGCAAGUUUAUUCUAUCACUGUGAACUUUUGGUUGCAUCUAAUUUCGCAAACCUAUUGAUGACAGAAACUGCAAAUAUUUCAGUUUUAAGGUAUGAAGUUAGAUCAUCAACUUGUCUGUUCACAACAGAUUUAUAUGAUUAAUCCUCUUUUCAUUA